AUGUACCCAUUUCAGCACCAGCCCGAGCCAUGUGCGCGUGUUGAUGGCAGGGUGGCGUGAGGUGUGACCCAACAUAAGAGGCUGCAAGAGGCCGGUGUGUGGUGCGUGGCGGACGUGUGUUGCAUCUGUGUGUCCUGUUAGGCCUUCACCAUGCCGAGGCGAAAAUUGGGACGUUUGACACGGAAGAACAGACGGGAGGCCAAGAACCAGGCGGUCACAGAGCAACACCCGCAGUGCUUUGUAGUGACCCGAGGCAAUACAGGGCCAACCCUCAAGAAGCUGACGCAGGAUUUCCGCACCGUGAUGGAGCCCAACACUGCCGCCAGACUCAGGCACACACAAAAAAACUCCCUGAAGGACUAUGUGGCAGUGGCAGCCACCCUUCAUGUGACACACCUCGUCAUCUUUACCCAGACCAAGCUGGGCCUCUACCUUAAGCUGUGUCGCCUCCCUCACGGGCCUUCUCUUAUAUUCAGGAUAAACAACUUUGCCCAGUGUAAGGAUGUGUUGUCAACCCUCAAGAAGCAACACACCCAUCCUGGCAUGUACCUGAUGGGGCCGUGCCUGAUGACCAACCUGCAGCCUGAGGAGGGGGAUCUGCAACUCCAGCUGGCAGCCAAGAUGUUCCUCGAUAUGUUCCCCACCAUCACCCCACAUGAGGCUAAGACAAAAGCAAUCCAGCGAUGUUGCCUAAUACACUAUGAUGCGGAGGAAGGGGUGUUUGACUUUCGACACUAUGCCAUCCAGGUGGUGCCUGUUGGAAUUUCAAAAGCUGUCAAAAAGUUUAAUAAAAGGAAGCUGCCAGACCUCAGCAGUUUCAGUGAUGUGUCAGAAUUUAUGACAAAGUCUGGCAUGUUAUCAGAAAGUGAGGCAGAAGAUGACCCUUCAGCUCAUGUCACAGUUCCACCCUCCAAAAAGGCUUCCAAGAAACUAGGUCCCCAAAAGUCAUCUGUGAGGCUGAGUGAACUGGGACCAAGACUGACUCUUCAGCUAUUAAAGGUUGAAGAAGGGUUACUAGAAGGAAAUGUGCUGUAUAGCAGCAUCUAUACCAAGUCUGCUGAGGAAAAGUUAGAGUUGGAAAAGCGAAGAAGAAUUAAAAAGCAACUUAAAGCAAAAAGGAAGAAGGAACAGGAAGAAAAUGUUGAAGCUAAAAAGAAGAAGAAAGAAGAACAUAAGAAAAAGUGUCUUGAUGGCAUGGGAUUAAAGAAUGAAAAGAAAGAGAAAGUAACAGGUGAUGCAGAAGAGAAUGAGGAAGAAGAUGAUGAUGCCCAGUACUACAGAGAGGAGGUUGGAGAGGAGCCAGCUCCAGAACUCUUUCAAAAGAAGGAUACUUCAAUGAAAAGGAGAAAGGGUGGUGGUAAACCUCCCAGGAAGAAGUUUAAGAAGAAAGAUUAAUAGUGGUACCGUACAUGUUGCCACUAUACCUGCUGUUUAAACACAUGCUGAAAACCUUAUGUACAUGCUGGUGUUCUUAUCAGUGGUGGAAUACCUCUCCCCACCCAUGUGGUAUGUCCACUUUGGCAUCUAAAAUUGUUGAAAGGAAAAUGGGAAAAUACAUUAUUCUCUAGAAAGAACAGA